AUGAGCUUCUACAUCUAUGCCUGGUCCACAGGGGAAGCUGUGGUCUUCUGCUUCGACGCGCCGGCCAUCCUCGAAUCCAACCUCAUCGAGACAAUGAACAGCGCCAUGGGCGAACCGCCGAGAGAAGCCCCAGUCUUCCUUCAAAGCGCGAUAGUUGGUGAGCUGACCAAGCUGUACGACACGUCCAUAUGGACCCUUCGAGACCAUAUCAGACGGAUAGAAAAGGAACGGAAUGUCACUGGCUUCCUCGACCGGGAUCUUACUCCGCUCCACGACCUGGCUCGACACAUAAUCCACACCUGCGAAGUCCUUGCCGUUGCUGCCGACACUGUCACCGAGCUCAUGGGGGAUUACAGGCCGAACUCGGGUCUUUCUUGCGCCUGUCCUGGUAUUGCUGGCGGCGGACUCAGGACGAAGUGUCCUCACAAUGACUUGUCGUUCUGGCUAAGGCUAUUACGAAACUUCGGACUCAGGGCAGAGGCUUUGAAGGCCAGACUGGGGAACGAAAUCAAUCUGGCAAGCGAGAGAUUUUGA